AUAACGUUUAAAUGCUUUUACACACUUGAUUACAUGGCUCAUUUACUCCGGUCACCAAUCUAUGCAUUGUACGGUCUUGCUGUGCGUGCAAUGCCAUGUAAAAGUUGUGUUUUUCGUUUUGGAAAUAGCCAAUUUCAUGACACAAUCACGAAGUCGAACGGGAACACUAUAAGUGCUCCGAGACCGGAAACGACGCCACAAUUUGACGUUGCAACUCGGAAGGCUGGUGUCCGAGGCAUCUGGAUCACACAUUACACCGGAGAACAUUUGUUUACGUAAAUGAAACAUCGGCUUUCGAGGGACCAUGGCCAAAUUAUUUCGAACAGCUAUCAUGGGUCCUCCAGGAUCUGGAAAAGGAACUAUAUCAAAAAGGAUUGCGCAAAAUUUUGGGCUCCAAUACCUAUCUAGUGGGCACUUUCUGCGCGAGGGAAUAGCAGCUAACACAGAUGCCGGUGUGCUAGUGAAGGGCUAUGUUGAGAGAAGCAUGCUGGUGCCUGAUCAUCUCAUGUCCAGGCUGAUGCUCCCCAGACUGGAGCAGUUGACGGGUCACAGCUGGCUGCUCGACGGGUUCCCCAGGACCAUCGCCCAGGCCAAGGCUUUGAAUGACAUCUUCCAGAUGGACCUGGUCAUCAGCCUCAACAUCCCCUUUGAGACGCUACGGGAGAGGGUGAGCGACCGAUGGAUCCAUCCAGCCAGCGGCAGGGUAUACAACAUGGGCUUCAACCCUCCUCAAGUCCAGGGCAGGGAUGACGUCACUGGGGAGCCUCUGAUCCAGCAUGCGGACGACCGGCCUGAGGCCCUGCAGGCUCGUCUCAGGCACUACAAGGAUGUGGCCAAGCCUGUCAUGAACUUAUAUAAGUGCUUAAGGCAGGAAAAGCGUAUUACUCAGCAACGCAGAAGCAGCAAGCAAACCGCUUGGUUCCCUGUCCAAAGGCAUCCUGUACCAGUUCUCGGGUACAGACACAGACCGCAUCUGGCCCUACAUCAGCUCUCUUCUCAGCACUAAGAUCCCCACCCAGCCCCUGGACACCUGCCAGCCUUCCGCUCAAGCCUGACGAAAAAGUGACGAGGAAGGACGGGUUACAAAAAAUCCUGGGGUUGGUGCUAGAGGGCAGAUAGUUAAGUUUUGCUUUAUACUUUUGUUUUCUAAAAUGCAGUAUCUGAGUUCUCUUCAAUCCAGUUCUUACAACAAGGCAGGGGCCAUGUGUAAGCAUUGUCAUUUUUGUGUAAAAGGGAAAAGGGAAGCCUCUUGCUAAUCCACAGACAUGAUGAUGGCUUCUGAUGAUCAAGUAAAGGGAUCAAAAGAAUAGAUGACCUCUGUUAUCCAACGUGUGUUUCAACCGCAUGUAUUUUACACCAGAAUGGAAAAAGUUGAGAGUUGAAAUCCUAAUUGAACAAACCUUGAUUUAUUUAUAAUUUUCUUUCUCAAAAAGCAAGUCAUUUAUAAAUAAUGCUCCUUGUGCACAAAUAUUGAGUUUUCUUCAGUUGAAUUGAAUCAGAAAACUGAUUUACAUUACUUUUAAGUUUUGAUCAUGACCAAAGAGAGGCAUUACCAAAACUGUUUAAUUGUUUAUAUAUUAUAGGAUUUAUCUUUCAAUAUGAGUAAAAUUACUAUUUCAUUAUAGUUAGAUAAAUAGAAUAAAGUAAGUAUCAUACUGAAUACAAACUGGAUGUUAAAUACAGAAUAUAGACAAUAGCAUUACAAUAUAAUAUAGUGCUUUCGCUCUUUUGUUUUACCAAGUUAACUUCAACAUUGCUGAGAAUAACAAUUCAUCAUGGUGUCAUAGAAUUACAGAUUUUCUGUAACGUAUCUUGACCCAAAUAAAUUUUAGAAGGACUUUAAGUCUUAAAAGAAAAUGGCAGUUCUUGGAUCGGCAUGUGAUCAGCACAUGUACAUUUCAGUGAUGGAAUAUUUCCAAAUAUUUUGCAUUAGUCAUUGCAGGUUUGCUUCAGUGAUUUCUUAAUGUACACGUAUGUGUAUUUUAAAAUCUGCACAAUGGUAUUAGUUGCUAAUUUGGAUUAUGAGGUUCUGAAACUUCUGUAUCGCAGCUGUUUGCGAACGUCUCCUGUGUGGGCUGUUUGAAUAGGAAUUCCAUUAAUUUCAAUACAUUUGUCAAAUAAUACUAAUAUUGGUUACUACUACAGAUGAGAAAUUGUUCCAUCAUAUUUUGAAAAAUAUGUGUGUUGCAAUAUAGCAUUGCUACAAUCAUAUGUUGACAGUUAUCCCAACAAAUUAUUGGCUUGAUUUCCCAGACACAAAAUAGGCUAUGUUAUAUAAUCUGUCCUUUUUUCAAAGUCUUUCUGCACACUAAUCCUUUCUAUAAUUUCUAUUUUUUUUUUUAGAAACAUUGAUAUAUAUGUAAUCAUAAAAUGGUUCGGAAUAAUGUUGCACUAUUUAGUGACAUUCAAGAUUGAUGUCUUUUUUUUACUCACUUUGAAAUUGAACGGUUGCAUUUCAUCUUAAUGCUUAAAAUGAAUGAUAUGUCUAUUAAAGUGUUGCCUUUUUAUGGAUACAGGGUAAGGGCUUUACUUUUCAGUGCUUUCAAGUGACCACCACAACAGUCAGAGCCGUUGAUUGAUCUCCCGAGUGACUUGUAUAAAGCCGAUCAACAAAAUUGUUUAAUACUUUUGUCUUUCGCCUAGCUCUAUCUCUAUCUAAACAUUUCCAAUAAAAGCAAGUGUAUGCUGA